AUGGCCUUUCCUGCGCUGAAUGAAAUUGUUAGCGAGCAUAACUCGACAACGUCCCCCAGCGACAUGGAACCAAGUACUCCAGAGAUAGUGGACCUCUCGUCGCUUUUGAGCACCCCCGAGAUUCGGGUCGAUUCUGACGAUGAUAUCUAUUGCCCGAACAUGAUGACUACAAACGAGCCACGAGCCUCAUCCACGAGCUCGCCGGCCAUGACGGCUGACCAGGCGCGACUUCUGAUGAACUUCAUAAAUUCAGCACCCGAGCCAAAGAUCAAGAAAGAAGAGUCCGAAGUGCCCAGCCCUUUUUUGCCUCGCAAGCAUCCAUCAUCCGACAAUGAACCUUCACCGCGGCCUCGCAAGAAAUCUCGGGGCGAGGAUCUCAACAUCAUCACGUCUUCCACUGAUCGCAUUGUCUUCGCGCCCACUCCGAUCUCACCCUAUCGCGAGAUAACAUACAUCUCUGCAGAGAGGAACACAGGCGUAGAGCGGGAAUUCCGGGUUCACCUGCGAGAGUAUUGGGUAGUCGAAUCCAAAAUUCCUGACCUGGAAAAGAUACGUCGAUAUCAGACGGAAGUCUAUGGUAAAGCCUGGGAGGUUCUGUCUUGA